AUGCAUUCGACAUCGCUCCCGAACACCCCCUUCACACCCGGCCAAUACACCCUCCACCCCCAAAACGACUCGACAUGCGCCACGUACGGCGAAUCCCACUGGACCGGCACCGUCGACGUCUCCCCCUCCCACCGCCUCUUCUUCUGGUUCUUCAACAGCCGCGGCGACCCCCUCCGCGACCCCGUCAUCCUCUGGAUCAACGGCGGGCCCGGCGGCAGCUCCAUGAUGGGCCUCUUCAACGAGCUCGGCGCCUGCUGGCUCGACCCCGGCGACGACGUCAACGCCACCGUCCCCAACCCCUACGCCUGGAACAACAACGCCUCGGUCCUCUUCCUCGACCAGCCCGCCGGCGUCGGCUUCUCGUCCCGCGCGCCCGGCUCGCCCCCGCAGAGCCACGACGUCGACGGCGCGGCCGACUUCCAGGCCUUUCUCAACAUCUUCUUUGGCACAGUCUUUCCCGACAGGGCCCAUCUCCCGCUUCACAUCGCCGCGGAGUCCUACGGCGGGCACUACGCGCCGGUCUACCUUACUCAUAUCCUCGACUCGCAGAGGUUCAACUCCCCCGACGCCUUCAGGGGCAACAUCUCCUCGCUGAUCCUGGUCGACGCACUCGUCGACUUUGCCGCUCCCGCGGUGGGCACGUACGAGUUCCUGUGCAAGGGGUACGGCCACCACGGCAAGAUCAUGAACGACUCGACGUGCGACGCCCUGCGGCGAGCCGUCCCCAAGGUCUUUGAGCUGGGGCGGAACUGCGAUGCCAGCGGCGACGGGUACGAGUGCUGGGGCAUGAUGACCUUUCUCGAGGAGGUGGUUCAUCCGUACUACUACGCCGAGGUCGAAGCUGGCAAAAGGAACCCUUUCAACGUCCACAUCCCGUGUCCCAACUGGCCCUGGUGCGCCGACAUCCGCAAGGGCAACAUCACAGCCUACCUCAACCAGCCCGCCAUCAAGUCCGCCCUCCGCUUCCCCCCCUCCUUCACCUUCGCGGACGUCGACAUGCCGCUCAACGCGGCCUACGACCUCGCCAAGGACCCCUUCCGCCCCACGACGCGCCUCGUCGCCGCCGUGCUCGACGCCGGCAUCCGCGUCCUCGUCCUCCAGGGCAACGAGGACUACGUCGUCAACACGCCCGGCAACGUCUGGGCGUACGACAACCUGCGCUGGAGCGGGCUGGCCGACUACCGGCUGGCCGAGUGGGCGGCGCUGCCGGAGGAGGGCAUGGCGGGGGCGACGGGGAGGUGGAAGGGGGCGCGGGGGCUGGCGUUUGUGACGGUGGACGGGGCGGGGCAUACGGUGCCGGGGGAUGUGCGUGAGGGGAGCUGGCGGAUCGUUCAGGAGUGGCUUGAGGGGGGCUGGAGCGGGUGA